AUGAAAAAAAAUGUUGUGCAGGAAGUUGCCGACUCAGGGAAAGGAAGCUAUUAUAACACCCACCGAGUGCACACCCUGACACUCUGGCACGGUUCUGAUGCGAGCGCUCAGGCUACGGUGCAGUUCACAAGCCUCCGCUUCCUGCUGCAUCGGCAACAGGACUGCCUUUUGGGGACUGCCAAGUUCACCGGCUCGUCUCAGAACUACAGUACGCUGCUGCUGGAAGAAGACCUUCUGUACGUUGCGGGCAGAGGCGCCGUGUACGCGCUCAACCCGGCAAAUAUCUCCACACCUGCCAAUUUCACUAUGGACUGGGAGGCCUCCUCGGAGCAGACGAAACAGUGUCUCAGCAAAGGAAGGAACAAUAAGACCGAAUGCUACAAUCACAUAAGAUUUCUACAGCGCUACAACGAGACCCACUUCUACAUCUGCGGGACAAACGCCUUCAGGCCCCUGUGUGCAUAUAUAGAUGCAGAGAGGUUCAAUUUCUCUGCAGGAUUUGAAGAAGGCAGGGACCGAUGCCCGUACGACCCCACGAAAGGAUACACUGGCCUGCUUGUAGAUGGGGAAAUGUUCACAGCCUCUCAGUACGAGUUCCGCAGCUCCCCGGAUGUACGCAGGAACUUCCCCUUCCCCACCCUGAGGACGGAGGAGGCCCCCACCAGGUGGCUGCUGGAGGCAGACUUUGUGGGCUCAGUGCUGCUAAAGGAAAGCAUUAACAGCUCUGUUGGAGAUGACGACAAGAUCUACUUCUUCUUCACCGAGCGAAGCCAAGAGCAAGCGGCUUACCCCAGUCAGACCAAAGUGUCCAGAGUGGCCCGCGUUUGUAAGAAUGACUGGGGAGGCCAGCGGACCCUGCAGAGGAGGUGGACCACCUUCCUGAAGGCGCGGAUGGUGUGUUCUGUGCCCGAGUACGAGCUCCACCUGAACGUCCUGCGCAGCGUCUUUGUGCUGCAGGACCGUGACCCGCGCAGGACCGUCUUCUUUGGCAUCUUUGGCCUUGAAUGGAAGAACAUCAAGGCGUCGGCCGUGUGUCAGUUUGCCUUCUCGGACGUGCAGCGGGUGUUUGAGGGGCCGUACAUGGAGGUGCAGGACGCCAAGUGGAGGGAGUACACAGGCAAAGUCCCCGAGCCCAGGCCUGGAUCUUGCAUCACAGACGUCCACAGAGCCCUAAACAUCAACUCAUCUCGUGAUCUUCCCGACAACGUUCUCACCUUCGCCCGCAGACACCCCCUCAUGGCCAACCAGAUCCACCCGAUCGGAGCGCGCCCACUGCUCUUCAAGAGAAGUGUCAACUAUGUCAAGAUCGCCGUCCACAAAGAGCCUGCGCUAGACGGAAAUUUGUAUACAAUCCUGUUUUUGGGCACUGAUGAUGGAUGGCUGCAUCGGGCUGUAAACAUUGACGGAGAAAUGCAUAUCAUAGAGGAGCUGCAGCUGUUUGAUAGACCCCAGCCCAUAGAGAGCAUGGUGAUAUCAACUUCACUGAGGAGUAUCUACGUGGGCUCGUACUCUGGCGUGGUGCAGAUCCCAAUGUCCUGGUGUAGGAGGUACACUUCAUGCCACGACUGCGUGUUUGCCAGAGACCCAUUCUGUGCCUGGGACGGGAAGGUCUGUGUGCAGCUCGCCUCACGAUCGCAAAGGUCAAACUUAACACAGGAUAUCCUCAGAGGAGUGAGAGGCUGUAAAGACAACUCAGGGAAAGUUGUCCAUCGGCGCCGCUCGGUCUUGUCCGGAGACGACGUCCUGCUUCAGUGCGAGUUACGCUCCAACUUGGCCUCCCCGCGCUGGACCUUCAACGGGAAGGAGCUCACCGGAUACGGCCUGAACUCCGGCUACCGCAUCGGCACCGACGGGCUGCUCAUCAUCGGCGCGCGGUCCAGGCAAAGCGGCUCCUAUCGCUGCUUUGCUGUAGAGAACGGCGUGUCUGUCUUGGUUUAUUUAUACACCGUACGAGUCCACACGGAUUCUAGUUUGCCCACGGAGCACACGGCGACGACCGAAGCCACCAGCCCCAGCCCGACAGAUGCAACCACCGCGGCCGCAACAGAGCAGCCGCUUCCGUCGCCGCCGUAUCCGUCCGUGCCCGAGUACCAAACGUAUAGACACAUGGAGGUUGUUUACAUAUCUCUUGUGGCAGUGCUGGGUGGAUUAUGCCUCGUGUUGACCGUGGUGUUACUCUACGUUAGCUUUUGCACCCAACACGGCACAAGAGAUCGCAAGUUCUCCCACCAAGCGCUUCAAGUCUUGGGCGAGCCGGAUCGAAGGCUGAGCUCGCACCUGGAGCUGAGGACCAUUUCAAGCCAUUGGAACGGGCACCGCGGCCGCUGUUCGAUAUCGAUGCCGAGUUUCGAUGAGAUGGGCGAUAGUUUCAUGCAGAUUAUGCCGGAUUGUCGCUUAUCGCCGACCAGAACCCCGCCACCUGCGCCCCCGCUCCCUAUGCCUCCUCCCUUGCCCGAUAUUGACUUCGCUAACGGGUUGUCGGCAACUCUACCCAGCGUCUUGAGGAAAAUGAACGGGAACAGCUACGUUCUCCUAACGCAGGCGGAUCCAGAGGGCAUCUCGCCGCUCUAUCAUUCGUUCACAGAGGAGCUGAACAGGAUUUUGGAGCAGAGGAAACACUCACAACUAGACUUGCAGCAGCCCGAUGAGAGCUCUAUCUAA